AUGACCAUCACCGUCCACCUCGUCCGCCACGCGCAGGGCUUCCACAACCUCAACGUGCCCAACCAACAGAUCCCAGACCCCUACCUGACAGCCACGGGCAAGGAGCAGUGCGCCGCCCUGCGCGCCAGCUUCCCGCACCACGACCGCCUCACGCACCUGGUGGCCUCGCCGAUGCGCCGCACCCUCCAGACGUGCGAGCAGUCGUUCCGCCCGGCCGUCGAAGCCGGCCUGAAAGUCGUCGCGCAGCCGCUCGUGCAGGAGGUGUCGACGCUCCCCUGCGACACGGGGUCCGAGCCCGAGGUGCUGGCGGCCGAGUUUGGCGCCUGGGCGGACCUCAGCGGCGUCCCGAAGGGGUGGAACGACAAGACCAGCGCCGGGUCGCCGUGGGCGCCGCGCAUCGAGGCGCUCGAGGGUCGGGCCAGAAUAGCGCGCGUGUGGCUGCGGGACCUGGGCCGGAAGUGGAAGGCUGAAGGGCGUGGUGAUACCGCUGAUAUUGUUGUCACGACUCACGGCGGGUUCCUGCACUUCCUUACGCAGGACUGGGAUGGGCUGGAUCUUACGAAAGGCACCGGAUGGGUCAACACCGAGUACAGGAGCUACGAGUUCGACAACCCAGAGGGCGACGAUUCAGAGGCUAGGAUCCACGAGACCAAGCCCAGCUGGCGGAGGAGGCGCGGCAGCGCCAUCGGGCUGACCAGUACCGAGCAGCAGCAGUUGCGGGCCGUCUUUAUCGAGGCCUACAGGAAAGAAUUCGGUGAUGCCAGUGCGGCGGCAGCCGAAUAA